CAGUCACUUUCCACUAUUUCACCAGAAAGGGAGACUAUUGAGCAAAUGUUUGGCCAACAGCUAUAAUAUGGUUUAACAGGCUUUGUGUGUCAAGCACAGAUUAAGUUAUUCAUGCAGAAAUAGUUUUUCCGAUAGCCUGUAGCUGAUGCUUAAACGCAACAAGGGGCGUAUUUUUAUUCUGUGGGCGGACUGUCUGAAUCAGGUGGAGCACUUUUACUCCAUGACAUGGUAGAACAUCCAUCUGGGACAUCACAGAAGGAUUGUUUCAAUGGAAAACCACAAAAGAGGGAAAGGUGGCACAGUUCAACAGAUGGAGGAUGACAGGGAUUGUUUGUUGUCCUCGGAUAAGGACACAGGGAAAAGUGGAACUAGCUCAAUAUCAUCUGCCUCAUUUAAUUUCAUCAAUUCCAUUAUUGGAUCCGGAAUUAUAGGUUUGCCAUAUUCUUUGAGUCAGGCUGGUCUCCCAAUGGGUCUUCUGCUGCUUUUUCUGGUUGCCUUCAUCACAGAUUACUCCAUCAUUCUUCUAGUCAGAGGAGGGAAUCUGUCUGGCACUCACAGUUAUCAGUCUCUGGUUCAAAGCACAUUUGGCCAGAUAGGAUAUUUGAUCGUGUCAACUCUGCAGUUUCUUUACCCGUUCAUCGCAAUGAUCAGCUACAACAUCAUCACAGGUGAUACGCUGACCAAAGUGUUUAUGAGAAUCCAAGGAGUUGGUCCCGGAAACAUACUUGCAGAGAGACGUUUUGUAAUUCUGAUGUCCACUCUUCUAUUCACACUGCCCCUGUCUCUCUAUAAAGAUAUAGCAAAGCUGGGAAAGGUAUCUUUACUGUCCAUGCUCUUGACUUUUGCCAUCCUCAUCACAGUGGUCGUGAGAGCUGCGACACUAGGACCAGAGAUACCUGCAUCAGAUGAUGCAUGGGUGUUUGCACGGUGGAAUGCAAUUCAGGCAGUUGCUGUCAUGUCUUUUGCUUUUAUCUGCCAUCAUAACAGCUUUAUGAUCUAUGGGUCGCUGCAGGAGCCCACGUUGAGCAGCUGGUCUCUUGUCACGCAUGUAUCUGUGGGCUCAGCUGUACUGGUCAGUGUUGUCUUUGCAGCUGCAGGUUAUGCAACUUUUACUGGUUAUACACAAGGUGAUAUAUUUGAGAACUACUGCAGGAAUGAUAACUUGGCUACAUUCGGUCGAUUCUGCUACGGUGUCAGUAUAAUCACCACGUUCCCUCUGGAGUGCUUUGUAACCCGUGAGGUGAUCUUCAAUGUCUUUUUUAAAGGAGAACUCAGUAACAUCGCCCAUUUCAUCAUUACCUUGGUGAUCAUAUCAGCAGCGACUGCCAUAUCCCUCUCUUAUGACUGUCUGGGUAUUGUACUGGAACUAAAUGGUGUUUUGAGUGCUAUACCUCUCAUGUUCAUCUUCCCCGCCGCCUGCUUUCUGAAGCUCUCGGAUGACCGCUGGUUUCGUGGGGAAAACCUCAUUCCCAGCAUCAUCCUGGCGGCAGGUGUUUGUGUUAUGAUAAUCGGCUUAGUCAUGAUGGUGCUCUUCCCUCAGGACUGUUCACACGGAGCAGAGAUGUUCUACUGUACCGUCUCCAACUCCUCAGUUCCCAGCACCACUUCACCCAGUGUGCUGCAGUUUAUUAACACCACACAGAAUGCCAGCACUUUCUGACUUAAAUCUAUUUCACUGGAAUCGUAUUAUAUGCUGUUUUCUAGUAAUACAUUGUUGGUACAAUUGUUAUAUUAAAGAAAUUACAUCAUAAAAAGGCUACAGUAUAUAUUUUAAUUAAAAAAAAAUGUGUUAUUGUGAUUAACUGUCAGUGGCAUAUUUUCA